UGUAGUACUAAGUCGCUCCAUACACUGCGGACAAUUGUUCAGACUACACGUCCAAGCAUAUUUCAUCUGACCCUCGUCAAUAAAAUCCUCCUUUCGAGACCUACUCUACCCGCGCUCAUCUAAGUGCUACUCCGAUAGAUUGUAUACGCAUCCCCGGUAACCAUGUCGGACGGAAACAUCUUCAAACCAGACAAAGAUUAUACCAAGGAUGCGGACAAGAUCCUGCCUGAGGCAGAGGAGUUAGCGAAGAAAGAUCUCCAGAAAGGUAUCGACAAGAUCAUCGCCCUCGAGAAACAAACCAGACAGGCUUCAGAUCUCGCCACAACUUCAAGAUGCUUGGUCGCAAUCAUCACAUUAUGCAAACAGGCUGGAGAUUGGAGCUUGCUGAACGAGCAAGUCCUGCUGCUCUCGAAGAAACAUGGACAACUCAAACAAGCCAUUACCGCCAUGGUGCAGGAGGUGAUGAAGUUCCUCGAUGAUACGCCGAACCUAGACACAAAACUCAGCAUAAUUGAGACGUUACGAACCGUGACGGAAGGCAGAAUCUUCGUUGAAGUCGAGCGUGCACGAAUCACCCGAAUCCUGUCCGACAUCAAAAAGGAGCAAGGCGACAUCAAAUCAGCAAGCGAGAUCCUCUGCGAGUUGCAAGUCGAGACAUUCGGAUCCAUGACAAGGAGAGAAAAGACAGAAUUCAUACUAGAACAAGUGGAAUUGUGCAUGGAAAAUGGCGACUGGACACAAGCGAUGAUUCUCAGCAGGAAAAUGAGUACGAGAUAUUUUGCUCGCAAACCCAAGCAGACGCCGGAACAGAUGGAAAAGGAGAAGAAGGCCCGUGAAGAGAAGGAGAAGAAGAGAUCUGCCGAUGAACCACCUCCAGAACCACUGGACGACGUGACGGACUUGAAGCUACGAUAUUACGAACAACAAAUCAAGCUUGCGAAGCAUGAAGAUCGGUAUCUCGAUGCGUGCAAGCAUUACAGACAAGUGCUCGACACAGAGUCCGUCGAGAACAACCCCGACCAGUUGCGUGCCACGCUCCAACGCGUUAUCUACUUUGUGCUACUCGCGCCUUACGACAACGAACAGUCUGAUCUCCUCCAUCGCGUCUACCAGGACAGCCGCAAUUCGGAAGUGCCAAAGGACGCCGCGCUGUUGAAACAAUUCACGAUCCACGAACUCAUGCGCUGGCCCAUGGUCGAGCAACAAUAUGGCGAACACCUCUGCUCAACGGACAUUUUCUCCAAGACCGAAGACUCCAGCGACCCGAAGGCGCAUACACGGUAUGAAGCCCUGCGACAUCGCGUCAUUGAACACAACGUUCGAGUCGUCGCGAAGUACUACACGCGCAUCACCUUCCCUCGUCUGACCGAACUGCUCGAUCUGUCGGAGGAGGAGACGGAGAAGUACAUUUCGGAUCUGGUCACCAAGAAGACGGUGUAUGCGCGCAUCGACCGACCAGCCCGGAUGGUCAGUUUCGAAGAGAAACGAGGGCCGGAUGAGGUGUUGGAUGAAUGGGGCAGCAGCAUGAAAGGUCUGUUGGGCCUGCUGGAGCGUGUAGGGCACCUCAUGCAGCGGGAAGAGAUGAUGGCGCGGAUCGCACCCAAGGACGAGAGGGCGAAAGUCAGGAUGGCUUAGGAAGACAUCCUGGCCCAACCAGGGCCUGUUUCUGCUGAUGACGAAUU